CACCUACAACAUACACUUCAUACUGUGUCUGCCCCGAAAGCACCACAUCACACGACACCGAGGUAGUUUGCAAACGCUUGAAGACAUAUUCAUUUGAGACCGGGAUGGUGAAGGUGAACUCACGAUAAUGUUGACAACAGUGGCAGCCUUCAUCUUCGCCUUCAUCGGCGUUGUCCUCGCAGAGCGACCCAAUAUCGUAUUCAUCGUCGCGGAUGAUCUAGGCUGGAACGAUGUUGGCUUCCGGAACGGUGACAUGCUGACACCUAAUAUAGACAAAAUGGCGCGAGACGGCGUGAUACUGGACAGGAACUACGUGCAGCCACUAUGUAGUCCAUCCCGGAGUGCCUUUAUGUCUGCAGUUUAUCCCUUCAAAUCUGGUCUCCAGCAUCAAGUCAUUGGCGCCGCACAGGCUGUUUGUUUCCCCCUAAACUACACCCUUCUUCCACAAGAGCUGAAGAAACUCGGCUACGCCACUCAUAUCGUUGGCAAAUGGCAUCUUGGUUUCUGUGACUGGGACUGCACUCCGACCUAUAGAGGCUUCGAUACUUUCUUCGGAUAUUAUGAUGCAAAAGAGGACUAUUACUGGCAUAAUACUUCCGGGUUUUUAGACUUCAGGAACAAUAAAGAAGCAGAAUGGGACUACCAAGGAAAUUACUCUGCGUGGGUUUUCACAGAGAAGAUCCUGGAUGUCAUCAGUGCCCACGACAAGGACCAGCCACUGUUCCUGUACCUGCCAUUCCAGAACGUUCACGCCCCUACAGAGGUACCCAAGAUAUAUGAAGAUAGGUUCCCACAUGUUGUGAACGCCGGAAGGCGUGUAUUCAGUGGGAUGGUGAACGCCCUGGAUGAAGCUAUAGGGAACGUGACCGACGCCUUGAAGGAGAAGGGACUGUACGACAACACGUUGUUCCUGCUGACAGCUGAUAACGGAGGUGAGAUAUUCAGCUACGGCAACAACUGGCCCCUGAGAGGAGGCAAACACUCUCUGUGGGAGGGGGGUACGAGGGUGACGGCGUUCAUGGCAGGGGCGGGACUCCAGAAGACAGGCUACACGUAUGAUGGGAUGAUCCACGCUGUAGACUGGCUGCCCACUUUGGUUUCCGCCGCCGGGGGAACGCCGGUGACCGACAGAGAUGGAAUAGAUCAGUGGGACUCUAUCAGGAAUGGCCUUCCAUCAAAGAGAACCGAGUUCAUCUACAAUCUGGACUAUCUUGUCAUUCCGCUGGAAGGUCAGGCUGGCAUUAGGAUGGACAAUUACAAAUUGUUGCUUGGUUACCCUGGACAGCAAGAUGGCUGGCAUCGUCCCAUGAACAACACAAAUGAUGAUAUCUACGAACAGAUAGUAUAUGACCUUGACCCUGACAAAGUACAGUUAUUUGAUGUAAUAGCGGACCCCACAGAAAGACAUGACCUGUCUGCCCAACUACCAGACGUUGCUGCUAAGCUCAAGUCUCGUCUACUAGAGUACCGGAAACAGAUGGUCCCUGCCAACUCCCCCAAAGCUGACCCAAAGAGUGACCCCAGGAAGUUUGGCAACGUUUGGACACCUGGCUGGUGCAAGCAAUGACUUGUGUUUUAUAACGGUCGUACAAGAGUUCGUCAUUCUGAACAUGAGAGAUGUUUGACGUAUAAAAUAAUUCCGUAUGGUCCUGUUAAAAGUUAUUUUCAGUUUACUUUCAUUUUCGAAAUAACUAAUCUCUCAUUACAUGCAGUUCAAGCAAUGUAUAACAACUCUGACUUCAGUUAUCUUUCCUGGAUAUUAUAUAUCGGCUUCUGGCUUAGUUACCUGGCUCACGCCGAGCCACAGUGCAAUCGCAAAUAAAAAUGACAAAUAUA